AUGUUGGAGGAGAAAAGGCAAAAAGCAAUUGAGAAAAAAAAUAGUCCCUUUAUUGAAGACAAACCUGAAGGUGAUCCUAAUCUUGAGCAUACGGUUGCUAGGCAGAAAUCAGACUCGCGAAUCAUGCACAUAAAAGUGCCAAAAGGAGAUGAAAUUCUGCCUCCAGGUACUCCUCGACGUCAGACUCACAAUUUAUACUAUUUUUGGCCACAUCUUCAACUGAAUCCCACAGUUGGAAAUUGGUGUCUAACCUGCAACCACUCAAUCCAUAACCGGUUGCCUCAGCUGGCUCUUCACUAUGCGCGACGCGGCCGCAGGGACCUCAUCUUCGGCUUCACGGACUAUACUUUGAAUGAGUACCCGGGCCUGAAGUCCAGAUUGAUGCCACACCUUAAAUUGUUCCCGAAGAAUUCCGAUGAUGAGAUAGACUUUGAAGGUGACGAAAAGUACCGACAUAUGAAAGUCUUCAUUGAGAGCAUGGGAAAAAAUCAAAUGGCUGACGUGGUAGGUUAUCACAUUGAGGCUUCUGAAUCAAAGGCGGUACCUUAA